AUGGAUCAAAUCCAACAACAACAAUCACUGCGUCCUUUGACCAUCAAAAAGGACUCUGUCGAGGUUUCUAUUCUUGUUUCAGCAAACACAUGGGGAUUUGCUGAGCAACUGAAAGAAGAGUUUCCUGCUACUGCUGCUGCUGCUGCCAUGGAAGGUGUCGCUGACAACCUCAGUGAAAUUGAAUUAGCUGCUCGUUUUAUGAAAUUCGCUUCUGACCGUGCUAGCAAAGAACAGGCGUAUUUACAAGUAGCCAGGUCUCUUUUCAUCCAUUUCAACAACGUCUAUCUCAAGGACAACAACAUUCAUGCUGUGAUACAAGAUCUGCCUCUCGCUGUCAAGAAAUCUGUCAUCAAAUGCUACUAUUCCUCGCUCGCUCAGCUUGAAAAUAGCAACGUCGUAUCUGUACAAGAAAUGAAGCCAACACAAUCCGCCUUGUUCGAAGCCGCUAAAUCUGGAGAUGUCAAGUUAUUUGCUAUUUUUGGUGGACAAGGUAAUAUCGAGGAAUAUUUCGACGAGCUUGUUGAUAUUUGGGAGACAUACAAGGGCAUUGUCAAGCCUUUUGUGCGUCGCAUGGCUGUGGUACUGGCUGAUUUGGCUCAUGGCCCUGAAUCCAAGGUGCUUCAUUCCAAAGGUCUCGACAUUUUGCGUUGGUUGGACGAUGCUGACGUUAGACCCGAUAACCAAUACUUGAUCUCUGCUCCUGUCAGUUUUCCAUUGAUCGGGCUUACCCAGCUCCUUCACUAUUAUGUGCUGUUCCAUGUCCUUGGUUGUAGUCCUGCUGAGGUCCGUGAUUUACUUCAAGGUACCACAGGCCACAGUCAAGGUAUCAUAAGUUCUAUCGUUAUUGCUGCUUCAUCUACUGAGGAAGAGUUCACUCAAAACACGGAAAAGGCCUUGGGUCUGCUCUUCUGGAUCGGUACCAGAGCACAACAAGAGUUUCCCUCAUUUACAUUGAACCCAUCCGUCAUUGAAGAUUCCAUCAGCAAUGGUGAAGGCAAUCCUACUCCUAUGCUGGCAGUGACAGGUCUCAGAGAAGCCCAAUUGAUCAAGUACAUCAACCAAACCAACACCCAUCUUGCUCCUGAACGCCAAAUUGAACUCACCUUGUUCAAUGGUCCUCGCUCCUUUGUCUGCACGGGCCCCCCUCAGUCCUUGUACGGUAUGAAUCUCGGUUUGCGUAAACUCAAGGCAUCCACUGGUCUGGAUCAAUCUCGUAUCCCUUACUCUGAGCGCAAAAUCAAGUUUUCAUCUCGUUUCUUGCCCAUCACUGCUCGAUUCCAUAGUUCCUAUUUGAGGCCAACUGUUGAUACCAUCUUGAGAGAUGCUAAAAAUAACCAUCUUUUAUUCAACGCAAGUGAUUUAAAAAUCCCAGUUUUCGCAACUGAUUCAGGCAAAGACCUCCGCAAUGAGGCUAAUCUCACUAAAUCCCUCCUUCAGCUCAUUUGUGAGCAUCCUGUUCAUUGGGAGAAGUCCAUCCCAAAGACGGAUUUGACUCAUAUCAUCGAUUUCGGACCUGGAGGUGCAUCAGGCAUUGGUGGAUUGACCUACCGCAACAAGGAAGGUACUGGUGUAGAGGUGGUUUUGGCUGAUUCGCUUGAGGGCGCCAACAAGGAUCUGUCUUACAAGGCUGACUUGUUCAAUGCUGAUAUCUCUUCUGUCAAGUACUCUCAAAACUGGGCUACAUUGUUUCAACCUAAACUUGUAGAAACUGCCAGUGGUCGCAUUGAUGUGGAUACCAAGAUGUCUCGUCUACUGGGCAAACCUCCCCUUAUGGUGGCUGGCAUGACGCCUGCCACUGUUAAUGAAAAGUUUGUUGCUGCUGUCAUGAAUGCUGGCUACCAUAUCGAAGUGGCUGGUGGUGGGCAUUUUAGUGAGGCUGUUUUACGCGAAAAAGUGGACAAGAUCAUGGCGCUCACCCGUCCUGGUGAGGGCAUCACACUCAACAUUAUCUUUUUAAACGUACUUCAAUGGGGAUUCCAAUAUCCUCUGAUUCAAGUCAUGCGUAAAGAAGGCCUGCCUAUGGAGGGUCUCUGUAUCGCUGCUGGUGUGCCCAGUAUCGAUAAUGCCAACGAAAUCAUUGCCAAUCUACAAGCUGCUGGUAUUCGUCAUGUUUCCUUUAAGCCUGGAAAUGUGGAUACCAUUCGUCAAGUAGUAGCUAUUGCUGCUGCCAAUCCUACAAUGCCCAUCAUCCUGCAGUGGACUGGUGGUCGUGCUGGCGGUCAUCAUGGGUUUGAAGAUGUUCAUCAACCUAUUCUUGAAACUUACGCUGCUAUACGUCGUCAAUCCAACAUUGUGAUUGUUGCUGGUUCUGGUUUCGGCGGUGCUGAUGAUACCUUGCCCUACAUUACUGGUGAUUGGUCUCUUCAAUUUGAUUAUCCUCCCAUGCCUUUUGAUGGUAUUCUCUUUGGCUCUCGCAUGAUGGUGGCUAAAGAAGGGUUAGCAUCUCCUGAUGCCAAGCAGGCCAUGGUCGAUGCUCCUGGUCUCGCUGAUAAUGAGUGGGAAAAGACAUACAAGGGUCCUGCUGGCGGUAUCAUUACUGUUCUCUCUGAAAUGGGAGAACCUAUCCACAAGGUGGCUACUCGUGGCGUCCUUCUCUGGAAGGAGCUCGAUGACAGCAUCUUUACCUUGCCCAAGGAAAAGCGCUUACCUGCAUUGUUGGCUAAAAAGGACUACAUUAUCAAGCGUUUAAAUGCUGAUUUUCAAAAGGUUUGGUUUGGUGAGAACAAGAAGGGUGAAGUGGUAGAUCUUCAAGACAUGACCUACUCUGAAGUUGUCCAUCGCUUGAUUGCUUUGCUUUAUGUCAAACUUGAGCAUCGCUGGAUUGAUGUCUCUCUUCGCAACCUGGUGGGUGAUUUCAUGCGACGUGUCGAAGAACGUUUCACUCAAAAGGCUGGCCCCUCCUUGCUACAAAACUAUGCUCAAUUAGACGAUCCCACGACCUUUGUUGAAGAGUUCAUGGCUCAAUUCCCUGACGCAGAAUCCCAGUUUUUGACAUCUGAAGAUGUGUUCCAUUUCCUCGCUCUUUGCAAGAGACCUAACCAGAAGCCUGUACCCUUCAUUCCGAUCAUGGACAAGGAGUUUGACAUUUGGUUCAAGAAGGAUUCUCUCUGGCAAUCAGAAGAUCUCGGUGCUGUUGUAGAUCAGGAUGUUCAACGUACCUGCAUUCUUCAUGGCCCUGUUGCUGCCAAGUAUACUACUCGCACUGAUCAGCCCAUUGCUGAAAUCCUCGGUGAUAUUUAUUAUAGCCAUAUUGAUAGCUUGAAGGAACGCUACUACAAGAAUGCUGUUAUCCCAAAGGUCGAGUAUCUCGGUGGUCUUGCCAUUGAGGAGUCUCGUGUUCAAGAGGUUUCUGCUACUGCCACUGAGAGUGUCUUCAAGAUUGAUGCUGAGGACAUUCCUGAGGAGAAUGACUGGAUCCAAGCCAUUGCCGGUCCAUCUUACAACUGGCUUCGUGCUCUGUUGACAUCGCCUUUCAUUGUUCAAGGCAAGAAGUUUGCUGAGAAUACUGUGAGACGCAUCUUCCGCCCCCGUGCUCAUCAAAAGGUCGUCAUCUCUCGUGCUGCUAAUGGAGAUAUCCAGCGUGUCGUGAUUCAAGAUAAGCGCGAGUGGAGUGCCAACCAGAGCAUCAGUGAUUAUGCAACAUCUGUGCAACUUGAAACCAAGGACAACAACAAGAUCUUGAUGACCCUGUAUGAAAAAAGGGCCAGCAACUAUAUUCCCUUGAAUCUGGAGUUUGAGUAUAAGCCCGAGUUUGGUUAUGCGCCCAUUCGUGAGGUCAUGGAGGGACGCAGCGAUCGCAUCAAGGAGUUCUACUUUAAGCUGUGGUAUGGUGUCGAUAACAAGGAGGACUAUCUGAACUUGAACAUUCGAGACACCAUUGCCGACAAGGGACAAGUGGUCCAAUUUGACGACAUUGCCGAGUUCUGUCAAGCUGUCGGAAAUGAGGCUGAGAUCUUUGGCGACCGCGAUCAAAAAGUGGUGAGUGCUCCUAUGGACUUUGCUAUUGUUGUUGGCUGGAAGGCUAUCAUGAAGGGCAUCUUCCCAAAAAUUGCAGACGGCGAUCUCUUGCGACUUGUUCAUUUGGGCGUCAGCUUCCGCAUGAUGGAUGGUGCUGAUCUUCUCAAGGUGGGCGAUGUGGUGGACACGCUGGCCAAGAUCAAUGCUAUUGUCAAUACAAAGUCUGGCAAGAUGAUUGAAGUCAAGGCCAUGAUUGUGCGUGAUGGCAAGCCUGCGAUGGAAGUGACCAGUCAGUCUCUGUACCGUGGCAACUUUACUGAUUUUGAAAACACAUUUGAGAACAAAGUGGAGGCACCCAUGGAGUACAAGAUGCAUAGCAACAAGGAGAUUGCUAUCCUCAAAUCCAAAGACUGGAUGCACUGGUCGGAUGCUUCUGAGGAACACAAGGUGGAGCCUGGCAAGUCGCUGAUCUUCCGCCUCAAGACUGAACUCAAGUACAAGAACAGCCGCAUCUACGCUUCCGUCAAGACAUCUGGUACUGUCAGCAUGCAAGUAUCUACCAAAGAGUUUGUCCAAGUGGCUACUGUUGAGUACGAAGCAGGCGAGAGCCAUGGCAAUCCUGUCACUGAUUUCUUGAAACGCCAUGCUCAAGAGAUUGAACAAGCCCACUUUUUUGAGAACGGCGGUUACUCCGUCAUGCCCAGUCAGUCCGCUUACCCCUCUGUUGUCCAUGCUCCUGCUUCCAAUGAGCCCUAUGCCAACGUCUCUGGUGAUUUCAACCCUAUCCACGUCAACCCUUAUUUUGCUGAUCUUGCCCGCUUACCUGGCACCAUCACCCAUGGCAUGUGGAGCAGUGCUUCCACUCGCAAGUUUGUUGAAAUUUUCGCUGCUGACAAUGUGCCUCGUCGUGUGGUUGCGUACAAUGUCAAGUUCGUUGGCAUGGUCUUGCCCUCGGAUCGACUCGAAACCAAGCUGUAUCACACUGGUAUGAAGAACGGCCGCAAGAUAAUCAAGGUGGAGACUGUGAAUCAAAACAACGAAAAGGUGGUUGAAGGCACUGCGGAAGUCGAGCAACCCAUCACAGCCUAUGUCUUUACUGGUCAGGGCUCUCAAGAAAAAGGCAUGGGAAUGGAUCUCUAUGACAGCUCUCCUGUGGCCAAGUCCAUUUGGGAUCAAGCUGACAAGCAUUUCAUGGAAAACUACGGUUUCUCCAUCAUUGACAUUGUGCGCAACAAUCCCAAGGAAAAGGUCAUUCAUUUCGGUGGUCCCAAGGGCGAACGCAUCCGUCAAAACUACAUGAGUCUGCUCUACGAUGUUGUUGCUGCUGACGGCACCAUCAAUACCUUGCCUCUGUUCCCUACCAUUGACGAAUACAGCUCCUUUUACAAGUUUGUCUCUCCCAAUGGUCUUCUCUUUGCUACCCAAUUCACUCAACCUGCCUUGACCUUGAUGGAAAAGGCUGCUUUUGAAGACAUGCGCGCCAAGGAGUUGAUCCAAUCCAGCUGUGCCUUUGCUGGUCAUUCGCUAGGUGAAUACUCUGCUCUGGCUGCUGUAGGCGAUAUCCUGCCUUUGAACUCGUUGGUGGAUGUUGUCUUUUACCGUGGUAUGUCUAUGCAGUCAGCUGUUACGCGUGAUAGUCAAGGCAGGUCUGACUAUAGUAUGAUUGCUGUCAACCCUGCUCGUGUUUCCAAGGCUUUCAGUGAUGCAGCACUUCGCUUCGUUGUGGAUUCCAUUGCUCGUCGUAAUGGUGAGGUGCUGGAGAUUGUCAAUUUCAAUGUCGAGAACUGGCAAUACGUGGCUGCCGGCACUCUUCAAAACCUGGAUGUGCUUGCCAAUGUGCUAAACUACAUCAGCGUUGCUCAUGUCGACCUUCAGCAAGAAGCAUCGCCGUUUGAAGGUGUCAAGGAGAAGCUCAACAAGAUCAUUGAUGGUGCUUUUGAAAAGACGCAAGCCAAGCAAACACAGGGUCGCAUCCAUCUUGAACGUGGCAAGGCUACCAUUCCUCUUUCUGGUAUCGAUGUCCCUUUCCACUCGUCCUUCUUGCUCAGCGGUGUCACUCCUUUCCGCACCUUCUUGGCCAAAAAGUUCAAUCCCUCUGAUAUCGACGUUGCUCAAUUAAAGAACAAAUACAUUCCCAACUUGGUUGCUGAGCCUUUUAGCACCGACAGAAGCUUCAUUGAGAACGUGUAUCGUACGACAUCCAGUCCUCGUUUGGCCAAGGUGCUCAAAACAUGGACUGAUGACAAGUAUGCUAGUCCUGCUCAACAACAAAGACUGGGCUACAUUCUCUUGAUUGAACUCUUGGCUUACCAAUUUGCCUCUCCUGUGCGUUGGAUUGAAACACAAGACCAGUUAUUUAGAAACUACAAGAUUGAACGUCUUAUUGAGGUGGGUCCAUCUCCUACCUUGACAGGUAUGGCUUUACGUACCUUGGCUCUCAAGUACCAAUCGUAUGAUAAUGCGUUGAGUAACCGUCGUCAAACAUUGUGUAUCUCAAAGGAUGCCAAGGAAAUCUAUUAUGAACUGGAAGGUGCUCCUGAAGAAGCGGUUGAAGUGGCUGCCCCUGCUCCCGUCAUUACUGCUCCCGCUCCCGCUCCUAUUGUAACUGCUCCCAUUACUGCUCCAGUAGCUGUAUCGUCGGGUCCUGCUGCUGCUGUAGCUGACGCUCCUAUUACUGCUGCUGAGGUCAUUCUUGCCAUCAUUGCUCAAAAGCUGAAAAAGUCUAUCAAUGACGUCUCCUUGUCAUCCUCUAUCAAGGAUUUGGUCAGCGGUAAAUCCACGCUGCAGAACGAAAUUCUUGGUGAUUUGCAAAAGGAGUUCAACAAUGCUGUUCCUGAAAAGGCCGAGGAAUCUUCCUUGCAAGAUGUGGGUGCAGCAUUGAACGGUAUCUUCGCUGGUACUUUGGGUAAACACACAAGCACAUUGGUGGCCAAAUUGAUCAGUGCUAAAAUGCCUGGUGGAUUCACUCUGAACACUGCCAAGACCUACCUCAAUACUACCUAUGGUUUGGGCCCCGGCCGUGUGGAGAGCGCUCUCUUGGUGGGUAUCACUAUGGAACCUGCUGCUCGCAUAGGUACUGAAGCUGAUGCAAAGGCUUGGUUGGACUCUGUAGCAAAGACCUAUGCUAGUAAGGCUGGCAUUGCAUUGUCCUCUGCAAGUGUUGCCCCUGCGCCUGUUGCUGCAGUCGCUGCUGCACCUGUUGCUACCGCUGCUGCUACUGUUGUUUCUACCGGUCCUACUGCUGCUGUCAGUGAUGCUCCUAUCAGCGCUACUGAGAUUGUUCAUGCUAUCAUUGCUCAAAAACUUAAAAAGACUGUGGGCGAAAUUCUUUUGUCCAAGUCUGUCAAGGAUUUGGUGAGUGGCAAAUCAACGCUUCAAAAUGAGAUUCUUGGAGAUUUGCAAAAGGAAUUCAGCAAUACUGUACCGGAAAAAGCAGAGGAAAGUUCUUUGGAGGAAGUUGGAUCUGCAUUGAACGGUACUUUCACAGGUGCUCUGGGUCAACACACAAGCACUUUAAUUGCCAAACUCAUUGGUUCCAAGAUGCCUGGCGGAUUUACCUUGAAUACUGCCAAGACCUAUCUCAACAGCUCGUAUGGUUUGGGCCCUGGCCGCACUGAUGGUGCUCUUCUUGUCGCCAUUACCAUGGAACCUGCGUCUCGUUUUGCGACAGAAGCCGAAGCCAAAUCGUGGUUAGAUACGGUUGCUCGUGCUUAUGCUGCCAAGGCUGGUAUCUCUUUAUCGUCUGGCGGAUCCUCUGCUACUGCUGGCGGUGCUAGUGGUGCAUCCAGUGGUACUGUUGCCAUAAUCAACAAUGCUGCAUUUGAUGCUUUUAAAGCCAAGCAAGAUGCAUUGAUCUACCAACAACUCAACUUGUAUGCCAAGUACCUGCAAAAAGACAUUCGUGAGGGCGCUAAAAAGUAUGAAGAGGAAAAGGUGGUUACCAAAAAGUUGCAAGCAGAACUUGACUUGUGGCUUGCUGAACACGGUGACACCUAUGCAGAUGGUAUCAAGCCUGCAUUUUCUCCUCUCAAGGCGCGUCGCUAUGAUUCAUACUGGAACUGGGUGCGUCAGGAUGCGUUAGAGAUGUGGUAUGACAUUAUCUUUGGUAAGCUCGCCAUUGUCGAUCGUGAGGUUACUACCAAGUGCUUGAGUAUCAUGAACCGUGCCCAUCCAAAGCUGCUUGAUUUCAUGCGCUACAAUGUGGAAAAGUGUGCUGGUGAUCAGGGAGAGACGUACAGACUUGCCAAGGAGUUUGGUCAAGCUUUGAUUGAGAACUGUGUCUCUGUGCUUGCUGAGAAGCCCUACUACAAGAAUGUCGCUGUGCCCAAGGGUCCUACCACUACUGUCUCUGGGAAGGGAGAUAUCAAGUACGCUGAAGUGCCUCGUCCUGGAUGUCGCAAAUUGGCUGACUACGUUCAAGGCAUGAUUUCAGGCUCUGAGGUAUCCGAGUAUUCCAGUCGUCUCAAGGUGCAGCAUGAUCUUGGCCGCAUCUAUGAAAUUAUUCGUAAUCAAAGCGCUGCUUCGGAAUCUGACAAGUCUGCCAUGGAAGAGUAUUACACUGAUAUUUUGCGUGCCAUGUCCAUGUCCAACACGGUUGUCAGAGAACAGAGACCUCGUUCUCAUGGUACUGCUGCUGAUGCUACUUCUAAACAAAAUAGCAAGACCAAGGAGACCAUCCCUUUCUUGCACUUGAAGAGACGUAGCAUGCACGAUCCUAGUCUUGGCUGGGAAUUCAACAACAAACUGACCACCAUCUACCUCAAUGCGCUGACUGAGAUGGCUGAAAAGGGUAUCACUUUUGCUGACAAGUGUGUUCUUUUGACUGGUGCUGGUAGAGACUCGAUUGGUUCCGAGAUCAUGAAGGGCCUCAUUGGUGGUGGUGCCAAGGUCGUUGUCACUACGUCUCGCUUCAGUCGCCAAGUCACUGAAUACUUCCAAGGCAUCUACAAGACCUAUGGUGCCAAGGGAUCUGAGCUCAUUCUCGUGCCUUUCAACCAAGGUGCCAAGCAAGAUGUGGAUGCACUAAUCGAAUACAUCUACAGUCCUGAGGGGCUGAACUGGGAUCUCGAUUAUGUGAUUCCCUUUGCUGCUAUCCCGGAAAAUGGUCGUGAGCUCGAUAGCAUUGAUUCUAAGGCUGAACUCGCCCAUCGCAUCAUGUUGACCAAUCUGUUACGUAUGCUGGGUAACGUCAAAAUUCAAAAGGAAAAUAUCGGUUCAGAUACGCGUCCUGCUCAAGUCAUUCUUCCAUUGUCGCCUAAUCACGGUAUGUUUGGUGGUGAUGGUCUUUAUGGUGAGUCCAAGAUCUCUUUGGAGACACUGUUUGAUCGUUGGUAUUCUGAAAGUUGGGCUAGCUAUUUGGUCAUCACUGGCGCUGUCAUUGGUUGGACUCGUGGCACUGGUUUGAUGAGCACAAGUAACAUUGUUGCUGAAGGUGUGGAAGCGCUUGGUGUCAGAACCUUCUCUACACUUGAAAUGUCCUUUAAUUUACUUGGUCUUUUGCAUCCUUCCAUCACUAGACUCUGCCAAAAGGAGCCUGUCUAUGCUGAUUUGAAUGGUGGUCUGCAAUUCAUCCCUCGACUGCAAGAGGUGACCAACAAGUUGCGCAAAGAGAUCCGUGAAACAGCUGAUAUCCGCAAGGCAAUUGAUGCUGAGAAUGCGCUCGAUUAUAAGACAGUCUUUGGUGAGGAAGCUGAGCACAACUACAAGCCUCAUACUGUUACUCCUCGCGCCAAUAUGAAGUUUGAUUUCCCAACCCUCAAGCCAUAUGACGCUCUCAAGCACCUCGAACAUCUCAAGGGCAUGCUUGAUCUCGACAAAGUCAUUGUUGUUGCUGGUAUGGGUGAAGUGUCUCCUUGGGGCAAUCACAGAACACGUUGGGAGAUGGAAGCCUACGGUAAGUUCUCUCUGGAGGGCUGUAUCGAGCUUGCUUGGAUGAUGGGUUACAUCAAGCAUCUGGAUGGUAGACUCAAGAACGGGAAGAGGUAUUCAGGCUGGGUUGAUGCCAAGUCUGGUGAGCCUGUGGAGGACAAGGAUGUCAAGGCGAGAUAUGAACAACGCAUUCUGGAUCACACUGGUAUUCGUUUUAUUGAACCUGAAAUUAUGGGCGGCUACAACCCAGAAAAGAAAAUGCUGAUGCAAGAAGUGGUAAUUGACCAUGAUCUCGAACCUUUCGAGUGCUCCAAAGAAGAAGCUGAGCAUUUCAAGCAUCAACAAGGCGAAAAGGCAGACAUCUAUGAAUCUGGUAAUGGCAGUUGGUUUGUUGUCAUCCACAAGGGUGCUGCUUUGUACGUCCCCAAGGCCCUUCGCUUUGAUCGUCUUGUGGCUGGUCAAAUCCCCUCUGGCUGGGAUGCUACUCGCUACGGCGUUCCUCAGGAUAUUAUUGACCAAGUGGAUCCCGUCACCGUAUUCAACAUUAUAUCUACUGUGGAAGCCUUCAUCUCUGCUGGUAUCACUGACCCUUAUGAGUUCUUCAAGUACAUCCAUGUCUCUGAGAUGGGUAACACUACUGGCUCUGGUGUAGGCGGUCAAGCUGCUCAAAGAGGACUAUAUCGCGAGAGAUUCCUGGAUCAGCCUGUGCAAAAGGACAUUUUGCAGGAAUCAGAAAUCAAUACUAUGCCUGCCUGGAUCAACAUGUUGCUUCUCUCUUCCUCAGGUCCCAUCAAGACGCCUGUCAAUGCAUGUGCUACUGCUGCUGUGUCUAUUGAAAUGGCAUGUGAGUCUUUGUUAUCGGGCAAAGCUAAGAUCAUGAUUGCUGGCUCCUCUGAGGAGACCACGGAAGAAUCCAGUUAUGAAUUUGCCAAUAUGAAGGCUACUUCCAGUGCUGUAGAGGAACUGGCCAAGGGCCGUACUCCUUCUGAGAUGUCUCGUCCUACUACCACCACUCGAAACGGUUUUACUGAAUCCCAUGGUUCUGCUAGUCAUAUUCUCAUGACCGCCUCCACUGCCAUUGAAAUAGGUUCUCCCAUCUACGGUAUCAUUGCUCUCAGUAACACUGCUACUGAUAAAGAAGGUCGUUCUGUGCCUGCUCCUGGUGCCGGUAUCUUGACUACUGCUCGCGAAACGCAAUCCAAGAGAGUAUCUCCUCUGAUGAGCUUCAAGUACCGUGCUAAGCAAAUCAAGGCGCGUCGUGCCCAAAUCAAGGCCUGGGUGGAAAGCGAAUAUAAAGAUUUGCACGAAGAGUUGCAAGAGCUCAAGGCAUCUGGUGAACUUUCUGAGGAAAAAGAGGUCCAAGCAUGGCUUCAAGAGCGCACUACAUUCAUCGAGCAACAAGCCAAGCGUCAAGAAAAGGAGGCUUUGGCUACUUUCCAGCAUCAAUUCUUCCAGAACGAUCCUUCUAUUGCCCCCAUUCGUGGUGCUCUUGCUGUCUACGGUCUGACGAUUGAUGACAUUGGCGUGGCUUCUUUCCACGGUACUUCUACCAAGGCCAACGACAAGAACGAAUCGCGUGUAGUUAAUACACAAAUGAAGCACCUCGGUCGAUCCAAGGGCAAUGCUCUUUUGGCCAUCACUCAAAAGUAUCUUACGGGUCAUCCCAAGGGCCCAGCUGCUUCUUGGAUGGCCAAUGGUAUGAUGCAAUGUUUGCUGACUGGCAUCAUUCCUGGUAAUCGCAAUGCAGACAACAUUGACACCAUCAUGCGCGAAUUUGACUACAUUGUGUACCCUUGUCGCAGUAUCCAGACGGACGGUUUGAAAGCUGGUAUUCUCAAAUCCUUUGGUUUCGGUCAAGCUGGUGGUGAAGUUCUGAUCAUUCAUCCCGACUAUGUGCUCGGUGCCUUGGAAGAGAACCAAUACAAUGAGUACAAGGCCAAGAAUGCGCAACGCUAUGCCAAGGCGUAUCGUUAUCUCCACGACUCUAUCACUGGUGUUUCUGAAUUUGUGCAAGUCAAGACGGAGGCUCCUUACUCUGAAGAUCUCGAAUACACUGUCUACUUGAACCCCAAUGCCCGUACUGAAUACUCCAAGGAAAAGAACUCAUGGCACUUUACUGACAAAUCUGCUAAUCUCGCUGCCCCUACAGCGGGUGAUGCAAAAGUCACCAAGAGCAUCUUGGCUUCUCUCACUGAGCAACAAGCAGGCAAAAGAGGUGUUGGUGUCGAUGUCGAAUUAACCAACGCUGUCAAUAUCAACAAUGCUACUUUUGUGGAGCGCAAUUUUACUGCUGCAGAAAUUGGAUACUGUCAAGCCCGCCCUGAUCCCCAAGCCAGCUUCACAGGUCGUUGGUCUGCCAAGGAAGCCGUCUUCAAGGCCAUCUCAUCCUACGGUAAGAUUCCCUCGGAUGGUGCUGGUGCUCCUUUGAAGGAAAUUGAAAUCAACAGUAAUCAAGUGGGUGCUCCUGAAGUUGUUUUGUCUGGCAAAGCGAAACAGGCUGCUCAUGCUGCUGGUAUCAAGCAUAUCAAUGUCUCCAUCAGCCAUAGUGGUGCGUACAGUGUCGCUGUUGCAUUGGCUCAAUAA